AUGCUUUAUGCGUCAUGGAGAAGAGACCGGCCUGCCCUCUUCUCUCUGCUGUUGGCCUUGUUGCUGCAGUUGAUCAAGGCCAAAGAACUCAGCGAACUUCACAUCGGUUCCAUGUUCCCCAUGGAAGCCGGUGCUGGAGGUUGGCCUGGGGGCCAGGCUUGUCUUCCGGCGGUUGAGAUGGCGCUGCAUGACAUCAAUAACAGUCCUGACAUCCUGCCAGGGUUCCAUCUCAAAAGUCAUAAUCACAAUACAAAGGUGAGUGCUCUAAAAAAUUUACAUUAAUGAUUUGUACCAAAGAAGAUAAAGCAAAUUGUAGUGCCAACCCGGUCUUGCGGCCAAACAAUUGUACGAAUUACUGUAUAAGCCUCCAGUAAAGUUAAUGUUGAUCACUGGUUGCUCCCCGGUAACCACAGUUGUGGCCGAGGCAGUCCCCGUUUGGAAUCUGAUUGUGCUUUCGUAUGGCGCCUCAAGUCCAGCUUUGUCCAACAGAGAUCGAUUCCCGACAUUAUUCAGGACCCAUCCGUCAGCAAACAUGCAGAAUCCUACAAGGUGAGACUCCAUCAAUAUUGCUGAAUCAUCACUAGUUACUCGAAAACAUCAAUCUUUCAGGAUUCGAAUAUUCGAAAAGUUCCGUUGGUCCAAAAUCACGAUUCUCCAAUCAGUUGAGGAGGUGUUCACAUCGACAGCCAAAGAUCUCGAAGAACAAUGUCGACAACACAACAUCAGAGUAGAGAGACAAAGUUUCUAUGGCGAUCCACGGGAUGCUAUCAAAACUUUGGUCCGGCAGGAUGCCCGGAUCAUCGUCGGGCUCUUCUACGUCACCGAAGCGCGCCGGGUUUUGUGUCAGGCAUAUAAACACGGGUUAUACGGGAAAAAAUACGUGUGGUUUUUUAUUGGAUGGUACGCUGAUGAAUGGUAUAUACCGCCGAAAGAUGAGAAUAUUAAUUGCACUGCCGAACAGGUAAGAGAAAAAUAAGUUUAGAGAAGUUUCUGAUAAUUGGGAAAAACUGGAUUUUAUUUAUGAUGACUAAACAAAAUUUUUAGAUGAAAGAAGCGGCUCAAUACCAUUUCACAACCGAAAGUAUAAUGCUAAGCCGAGACAAUCAACCCGCCAUCUCGGGAAUGACCGGCAAACAAUUCCAGGAGAGAUUGAACAAGAAGAUCGAGACUGAACCAGCCAACACUGGAGGAUAUCCGGAAGCCCCUCUGGCGUACGAUGCGGUUUGGUAUGUCGUUUAUUUCCCUCCCUUUCACUGUUCACUUCCCAAAACUUAUCUAUCAACUGAUCUGCCGAUUUUAGGGCCUUGGCGUUGGCAUUAAAUUGCACGCAAAACAGUCUGCCAGAGGGUGUGAGAUUGGAAGAUUUCACCUACAACAACAAAGUCAUAGCUGACCAGCUGUUCGAUUGUGUGAAGAAUACACAAUUUAAGGGAGUUUCUGGUCAAGUAAUGUUCUCGGAUUCCGGAGAUCGUAUCGCAAGAAGUCAAAUUGAGCAGAUGCAAGGUAAAUUAAGUGAAAAUUAAUAUUCUCCAUGGCCGUUUUAUGUCGCAAAAAGUAAAUUUUAGAUGGAAAAUACGUCAUGCUUGGAUAUUAUGAUGCUACAAUCCAGAAACUUGACUGGUUUGAUAAAGAAAAGUUUGCUGGAGAUGGGAAACCACCUCCAGAUUCGUUAGUAAUCAAAGAAAAUUACAUGACCGUCAGAUUGGAGGUGAGAUUGGGCGUAAAAUAUGUGAAUGAAAUAAUGUCAUUCUUCAGCUUUUCAUUAUCGUCGCUCUAAUGGCAGUGAUUGGAGUUAUCCUCUCCGUGGGUACCCUCAUUUUCAAUAUCAACUUUGGGUACCGAGGUGUGAUCAUCCAGUCCCAACCUCAAUGUAACAUGAUGCUCAUCGUGGGAUGCGUGUUCUGUCUUCUGAAUCUCCUUUUAAUGGGCCUUCCCGUGGAUAACAUGACAAUCCCCAAGGGGGUCUUCACUCUAUUUUGUUAUGUAAGUCGAUUCUCGGGGUUACGGUAACAUCGGGUGGAAGAGAGUGAUAAAUUGUGUUAUUUAUGAUCGGGAAUGGAGUCCUCGGAUCGGAAAUCGAUACCGCGAAGUUACGUGUUUCGCGGGGAAAUUGGGUAAAGUUUUAGAGACUAGGGAGAAGGCAUGAUUUCAUGAGGGCCCGUAUUUGAAGUCCCUUUGAUAAAAUUAUGACAUAAAAACAAUAAACUUGACGUAAAAUGAUCGAAUUUCAGUCAAAGCUAACUCUUCUAAAUGUCGGCUUUACCUUGGCCUACGGCUCGAUGUUUGCGAAAGUGUGGAUCGUCCAUCGAAUGGGUACCCGAGAGAAUCAAGAGGUCGCUGCAGCCAAGGAGGAGGUAAGACCCCCUUCAGGGCCCUUCCUUUUCGUAGUCCAAAACCUGUAACUUUUAUUUUUUCUGCUUUCGCGCACUGUGGCAUUCUUUGAGUGGUUUUUGAAAGUCUUUGCUGGUGUAUUUUAAUCUAACCAUCCAAAACAAAAACAUUUGAUUCACCAUUAGUGUAGAUGGUCCUUAGCACUGACGUCAGUGAGUGAUGACUGUUUGUUUAGGAGGAUCACAGUCCUUGGGAGAGUAUUCGGAUGCUGAUGUCGGCACUCGUCGGCCGACAAGUGCUGGUGGCCGCGGCCCUUCGGAAGCUUUCCACCCAGGCCUACAUCUCGCUGAUCGCUCGUCGUCCCUGCUUGUUGAAUCAAGUAAUUUCUUCUUGGUUUUUCACUUUUGUUUCGCUAUUUGCUUGCGUUUUUUCAUUAACUGGACAGUAAUUUUUUCCAAUUUUUACAUUUUCCCACAGUUUUUUGUUCCUUUCUUCACCCUAUUGCAACCUACUUGUAAUAAUCGAUUAAUAAAACAUUAAUUUAUCCUUUUCAGCCCAUCCCAGCCACCAGAUUUUAUGUUGUAGUAGGUUGUCUCUUGGCCGUCGAUCUUAUCCUUACUUUCUUGUGGCUGAUCAUCGAUCCUCUACAACGGAAAGUCAAGAAGUUUUCGCUCCAAGAGCCUCAAAAUGGUCCCACGGAGGAUAUCCGAUUAUUACCGGUAUUGGAGUAUUGUGAAAGUGAACAUCAAGAUGUCUGGACGGGUAAGUGUUAAAAAUAAACGGUUUAUUUAUGUUGCAGUAAUCUUCCUGGGGUAUAAAGGACUUUUGCUGUUGUUUGGGCUCUUUUUGGCCUAUGAAUCGAAGAAUUUGAAGAUCCGAUUCGUGAAUGACAUCAGAUUUGUGUGUUUCGCCCUUUAUAAUGUGGCCGUGUUUUGCCUCGUAACUGGCCCAGUCUCGACAUUACUGCUCAAGGAUCAACCCAAUUCAAAUUUUCUUUUUGUAUCUGGCGCCGGUAAGGAUCUUUGAGAUUUUUGGAACAAUUGAUAGCAUGGAUUGUAUAUAUUUUUGCCCGAUUUUAGUUCUAUGGUCGACUUUUAUUAGUCUCGGGUUAGUUUUUGUACCCAAAGUACUGUACAUUUACAAGACUCCGGCCUCAAAAGAUAUGGCGAGGAAUGGAAAUGAGUCCAAGAAUUCGAUGAGUAAAUCGGAACAUCUAAGAUACGAACAAUUGGUGAAGGAGAAUCGAGAAUUAAAGAGACAAAUCGAAACUGUAAGUGACUUAUGUAGGUCAAAGCUUCUUUAAAGAUUUCCUAAACAAAUUAUUUACUUGUUCUAUUCGCUUUAAACGGCUUUUUCAGCGGGAAAACAAGAUAAAUGAAUGUCGAAAAGUGCUGGAGAAGAAGUUGGGAACGGCCGUUGUUGCGCCGCUGACUUCGAACAACAAUGAAAUCAAGCAAUUCAAGGAGACGGACGUCCUCUGCUCCCCAACUACACCCAUUUCCUACAACAACAACCUCGUCCAAACCCCCUCUUCCAUCAUGAUUACUCAUAAUAACAUCUCUUCGUUCGCAUCGGAAGAACCCGCCACUCAGAGUACCGUAUUUACAACAACUGCUUUGAUCGAGACUCGAGAAGUCACUGAAGAGGAGACUGCCGCGUGCAGCGAGUUCGACAACGAAGAGGAGGAAGAGAACGAUGAUCAGAGCACCUGCUCCAACGAGAUCUUACUCUAA